AAAACCCGCAUCAAAACAAUAACAAUGAACUGGUCUAUAUAUCCCAUCUGGGCUGGGAAUGCCUUGGGGGGCCCCCCAGGAAAAGGGUGGUGCCCCCAUGACCUGAUAAGAGGAAGACGACUGAUGGAAGGAUUAUCAGAAUCAUCUUUAUGUGACCUUGAUUCAGUUCAGUCACGGAAUCUGUUUUUGGUUACGUUGAGUAUACAUGGUGUGGGGGUCUUCAGAGAUGUUAGCUGCCCAUUUCCUGAUCCUCCUGUAGAAGGUUCUACUUUCUGAGUUGCUGCAGAAAUACUUCUCUGGCGAAUUUUCUUCCAAAUAGUGUCUAUUUGUGAGGACCAGCUCCGGUGCAGAUAAAGGGUGGCUCCUGGAAACCUGAAGUGAUUGCCAGUAGACGCAGUGUUGUUGAGGACGGUGAGGUGAGGCAAUGUGUGUGUGUGUGUGUGGUGGUGGGGGGGUGGUCUCUGGAGGCCCACCAUCAUCUCCACAGUCUUGAGCAGGUAGUCAAGGGCCAAUCCACCCUCUGUCUGUAUGCAAACUCAUCCUGGACUGAUGACAGUGGUGUCGUCUGCAACCUUUAGGAGUUUCACAGACGGGUCCAAUCAGGUGCAGUUACUUGUUUACAGGGAGAAUUGGAGUGGGGCGAGAACACAACCCUGGGGAACACCAGUGCUGGCGUUUCUUGUGUGGGAAAAGAGGCUUCCCAGUCUGGGUUGAUGUUGUUGAAGGCAGAAGUUUGAAGCUGAAGUUUACAAACGGGAUUCUGGCGUAUGUCCCUGGGAGGUUGAGGUGGGCCCGGAUGAAGAGUAGGCCCAGGAAACUGCAGAGGGGUCCAUCAGGAGGUCUGUGAUGUCCUUUAGAUGCUUCAACACCAGCCCUUCAGAGGGUGUCAUGACCAAAGAAGUCAGGGCUGUAGUAAUUAACCCUGUGAUGGUACGUUUCUAGGGGACCGGGCUGAUGAUAGAGUAUCUCAAGCAGGAUCUUUAUGAGGUUUACAGGCAGAAGAGGGAAAUACCGUGAAGUCUUGGGGUUCCUCUAAUGCCGAAAUACCUUGAUUACAUCUUUAGUGCUAGUAGAGGUUCAGAGGGGACGGGGUUGUUGGUGCGGUGAUGAGGAGUGAAUGGCUGCUGAAGGUGCUUCUAAAAGCUCCUGAAUCAUGAUGUGGACUUCCUUUUUCAUGCGACUGCAACUUCAUGCACAUUUUUAAAAGACAAAAGCGAACAAUAACUUCUGUUUCUGUCCCAAUUCCACGCUGGCAGAAGCUGAGCCGGUUCCUGUUGUGUGUCUCCUGGAUGGACGCUUGCAGCUGCUGCUCGUUUCAGCCAUGAUGUUCUAAUUGUUUACAGGCUGAACCGAAGAGAGAAGGACGGACAUGGACAUGUCCUGUGGACCUUCUCCAGCACGUCUCAACAGAUCUCCAGAUGAGUCACGACCAGCUGCUCCACAUCUCAGCCGGCUUCAUUUAAAAGCCCCUAAAUGUUUGCAGAAGCGUCAUAAAAUGAUACUCUGAGUUUAAAUAAGGCAUUAGUUUCCUCCGACAUGCAAUAAAUAAAGUGAGGUAAGUGGAAAUAAAGUCGGCUGUUGAGGGUGAAGCCGGUGGAGGCUUGUGUGAGUUUAUCCAGUGGGAAGCAGGGCAGGAGAAGACAAACCAGAGAAGGUAAGUUUGUCUGGUGGGUCGGAAAGAGGAAGCUGCAGCUGUCACACACUCUCGCUCUUAUUUCCCUUUAAUCAGGCAGCGUUUUAGUGCGUGAUGUUCAUCAGACGCAGCAUCAGAGCCUUCGUCUCGCCACCGCUGCUCCCACUCAUCACAGAGACAUCAGACGAACGUCUGUCCUGCGCAACAAAGCUGAGCUCUGCUGAACAUCUCUUCAGAUUUCCCCCUUUGGGUUUAUUCUGUGGAACAAGAUGUCUUCCAAUAAUUCAACUAAUUCAACCUACUACUAUGAUGACUAUGGCGACUACAACAGCAGUACAGAAAGUCCGUGUCUCUUCAGUACCAGCUACAGUGUCAGCCUUGUGGUCGGUCCUUACAUCCACGCCAUCAUCUGCAUCCUGGGCUUAGUGGGGAACGGCCUGGUAAUCCUCACCUACGCCUUCUACAAGAGGACCAAAUCCAUGACGGACGUCUACCUGCUCAACGUGGCCAUCGCUGACCUGCUCUUCGUCCUGGCUCUACCCUUCAUCAUCUACAACGAGCUGUACUCCUGGCCGAUGGGCCAGGUGGCCUGCAAGCUGCUGCGUGGUUCCUACAGCGUCAACCUGUACAGCGGCAUGCUGAUGCUGGCCUGCAUCAGCACCGACCGCUACAUCGCCAUCGUCCAGGCUCGCCGCAGCUUCAGGCUACGCUCGCUGUCAUACAGCCGCGUUAUCUGUGUCCUGAUCUGGCUCUGUGCCGUCCUGGUGUCUGUUCCCACUUUCUACUUCUACCACUGGUACGAGCCAACACAUCAUGACUAUGUUGGGAUUGAAGAAGAGGAAGAGUCUCCAACAGGUCCUCAGUAUGUCUGUGAGUUUAAGUUUCACAACACUGGGACAGCAAGGAUCUGGAAGAUAGGCGUUCCUAGCAUCCAGCUCUCCAUUGGCUUCUUCCUGCCGUUGCUCAUCAUGAUCUUCUGCUACGCCUCAGUCAUGGUCACCCUGCUGAAAGCCAAAAACUUCCAGCGACACAAAGCAGUACGAGUGGUGCUGGUCGUGGUGCUCGUGUUCAUCCUCUGCCACCUGCCAUACAACCUCGUCCUUUUGUACGAAACUAUCAGUUUGUUCGACCAAACUGAUUGUCACAAUGCGGACUCCCUGCAGACGGCGAUUACUCUGCUGCAGACGGUCGCCUACAUGCACUGCUGCCUGAACCCAGUGCUGUACGCCUUCGUCGGGGUGAAGUUCAGGAACCACUUCAGGAGGAUGUUCCGGGAUCUGUGGUGUGUGGGUAAGAGGUACAUCAACCCCCGCCGGUUCUCCAGGACCACCUCCGACACCUUCAUGUCCACAAUCCGCCGCUCGGUGGAUGGGUCCAGUGAGAGCGGAGCAUCUUUUGCCAUGUGAAGACGUCGGUCUCAGGAUCUCUGAUUCAGACAAGCGGCUCUUUAAAGUCCAAACCCGAUUCAUUCUAAAGUCACAAGACAAUGGAUUCAGAAAGACUCUAAAGAAAAAGGACAAAACAUGACACACUCUUGAGUUUUGAGUUGAUUGUUGCUGUUUUUUUCAAAAGGAUCCUGGCUGUUGCUGAAAAUACUGUAUAAGAUACAAUGAUGUGUAAAGGUCAAACCUCCAAGCAAAGUUUCAUUUAAAAGAAGAUAAAAAGCCGAGUUCCCUUCCACCGAAACCAGUUUAGAAAGGAGAGGCUCUACCAUUGUGGUUCAAACAUUGAUCAGGCAAUGUGGACAAACAACGUCUGUCUUCCAACGUCUCUGUUUAGUGUAAUUUUUUGGGACUUGGGUGCAACAACUGAACGACCCAAAGACCUUAAGAUGUUUACGAUGGUCCAGUGUUUGGAGCGUCCAGCACCAUGUUUAAAGGCAACUUCAGACAGGAACAAAUCAGAACAUUGACACGUUUAUUUUAAUCUCCUAAAGACCAAACAGACACAGUAUAAGUUUCAAAAGCUUUUGCAAAAGUGGUGCUGUUCACUGAGGUGUCUCUGUUCAACUCCGAAGGUACUUCCCCUUGCAGGCUUCUUUUAUUUAGAUUAAUUAGGAAACGGAUACAUUGACACAAGAUUACAUUGACAUACAAGAUACUGCGUUUGAGAUAAGAGACAGUCAACUCCUAAUCUGGGCCUCAUUUCCACAGACUUCUAAUCAUAAUCAGUCAAAGCGGUUCUGGCUAGUACAUGUUGCUCCUUGGGUUCAGCAGACAUGGGUCACCUCCUCUACCCAAGGGUCAAAUGAGCUACUUUUAUCUCCACACAAACAUGUUCACAAGCAGAGAGUGAUAAGACUAUAAGUAUAUAAAAUGGUAAAGGAUUAAUAAAUCCAACAAACCUUUUAUGUGAUUUUAUCAGGGUCAUAAUCUGCAAACAUCUCAUUAAGUGUUCACACCCUUAAACUAAUACUUUAUUCAAGCAGCUUUAGAUUACAAGAAAAAAAGAAGAUGGAUAAAUCUUCUUCUACGGGACGUUGGUUGAACGUGAUGUAAAGGAAAAGUACUUAGUUUCCAACAC